AUGGGUCGAGUUAUUCGUGGUCAACGUAAGGGUGCUGGUUCCGUCUUUAAGUCGAAGGUCUCUAAGAGAAGAGGUCCAGUUAAGCUUCGUGCUCUAGACUUCAUUGAACGUCAUGGUUAUAUUAAAGGUUUAGUAAAAGAUAUAACUACUGAUCCAGGUAGAGGUUGUCCAGUAGCUCAUAUUACAUUCCGUGACCCGUACAGAUAUAAACUGCAGAAAGAGUUAAUGAUCGCAGUUGAAGGUUUACAUACUGGUCAAUUUGUGUAUUGUGGGAAGAAUGCUACAUUAUCUGUAGGUAAUAUUUUACCUGUUGGGAAGAUCCCAGAGGGUACAAUUAUUGCCUCAUGCGAGGAGAAAGCUGGAGAUCGUGGGAAGUUAGCAAGGACAUCUGGUACAUAUGCCAUUGUUGUAGGUCAAUCUGAAGAUGGCAAAAAAACUCGUAUUAGGUUACCAUCAGGGGCAAGAAAAACCAUAAACUCUCAAUCAAGAGCUAUUAUAGGUAUUGUUGCUGCUGGUGGACGUAUUGACAAACCUGUAUUAAAAGCUGGUAAUAACUACCAUAAAUACAAAGUUAAACGUAAUUGCUGGCCAAAAGUUAGAGGUGUCUCUAUGAAUCCAGUAGAUCAUCCACAUGGUGGUGGUAACCAUCAACAUAUUGGCCAUCCAUCUACUGUUUCAAGAAGUGCUCCACCAGGCCAAAAAGUUGGUCUCAUUGCUGCAAGGAGAACUGGUCUCCUCCGGGGUGGUCGUAAAACUACAAAGGAUAGGGCUGAGAAGACUGUUUGA